CCCAUUCCCCUCUAUUUCUUCCCUCCUCUGGCCCUCCCUCCAUUCUCCCCCCUAGACUACCGCACCAACAAAGCGCCCCCCGAAAAACCAAAAGCUCCCACUUAUUCCGCGCCGCGACGCGCACUUCGCCGUCGUCGCGCCGGCACGCACAAAGCCCAACGCUUUCUCGAUUGCAGCAGUUAAUGGCGCACGAUGGGUUCCUACGAAGCUUCCACGGGCUACCGUGGCCGCCGGCUGUUAACGGCGCUACGCCGUCGUUCGACGUUGCCCAGCACGCCCUGACCGGCUGGGAGCAGCAGCAGCACGAUGCGGGCUCCCUGGCGUAUAACUCGGCGCUGAGCUCGCUCGUGUCCUCGCCCUCGUCCAUGGCCGCCGCCGCCGCCGCCGAAGCAGCAGCGUCGUCCUCCCCCCAUGGCGCCGCCGCCGUGCUGAUGAUGGACGAGCUCGUCAGCAGGCUCGGCGUCUGCGGCGGGCUAGCGAUCCCGUCGCCAUCGCCGCAGCCGCCGUCCUGCUACAGCACGCCGUUGGGCUCCCCGUCCAAGCCGGCCACGCCUCUGCCGGCCGGGAAGAAGAAGCAGCUCUCCCGCGCCGCGAGCAGCCAGUCUCUCCUUGGGAAUGGGGAGUACCGGAAGCGGAAAGCGCCAGGCGCCAAGGCCAAAGGCGCCAUUGCUACUAAGUCGCCGGAGCCGGAGACGAGAGCCAAGAAAUGCAAGCUGUCCACGGCGGCGGAGACCGGUGCCCAAGAGGCCGAGGAACUAGCGAUCAUCAUGCCGGUACCUGCCGUCAGCGGAGAACUCGGCGGCAAUGGCAAGGGGAAAGAAAAGGAGGUUGCUGAAGAUCCACACAAGGACUACAUCCAUGUCCGUGCCCGCCGCGGCCAAGCCACCGACAGCCAUAGCCUCGCUGAGCGGGUGAGGAGGGAGAAGAUCAGCGAGCGCAUGAAGCUGCUGCAGGACCUGGUGCCUAGCUGCAACAAGGUUACAGGCAAGGCAGUGAUGCUCGACGAGAUAAUAAACUAUGUCCAGUCGCUGCAGCGGCAAGUUGAGUUCCUGUCGAUGAAGCUCUCGACAGUCAACCCACAGAUGGAGUUCGACGUGGACAAUUUCCUACCCAAAGAUGACAACGAGCCCUGCUCGCUGCCGGCGACAGCCUACACGGCGGCGGAGGGCGCUAACCCGGCGGCGUUCUGCUACCCGCCGUCGCCUGAAGCCGGCAAGGCUACUAUGCAGCAGAGCGCCCUGGCCAUUUGUUCCAAAGGCUUCGAAGUGCCUUCAUUGUUCGUGACCCAUGGAACAAUUCCUGCAAGCUCUUCCCACCAGGAAUUAAUCCAGAAUGCUUGUAACUUGUGGGAGGACGACGACCUCCAGAGCGUGGUUCAGAUGGGGUUCCGCGGCAACACAUGAUAGUACUAGUACAACUACUGUGUGAACCAAUCAUCGGAUUAGGAGACAAUUCAGUUUCACCAAUCAAGCAAGGGCAGGAAAGGGAAAAAUAUAUAUGGUCGCUGGCCGGGGGCGUUGUCUGGUGCGGCAGGGCCACUACUCAGCAGCAACACCAGCAGCUAGGCUGGGAGGGUUCUUCUCCAAUCAUUGGAUUCUGACUCCAUGAUUGUGCAUACAUAUAUAUAAACCCGUGCAUAUGGGCAGCAUAUAUAAGGCUCUUUCUUCUUACUGCUAAGUUCAUCGCCUCAGCUGAAGAUUUGUAUGUAGCAAAGCACGGACAGGCCGAGAGAAUGUCUAAAAGAGACGAUGUUUACUUGUGUCGCCGUGAGGAAUUUGUUGUAAUGUAAUGCAUUUUGUAAUUUCUGGACAGAACAAGUUGAGAUUUUAUAUAUAAACCAGAGACAGAUGCUGCCUGCUUUUAUAUACA